UGCUCAUAUCUUAUCAUAAUCUUGGUUACAUGUAUAAUAUGUUGUUGCCCUUGUCAAUAUUUCUUAUAAUGAAUGUUGUAUUUCAAGUUUUUGGUGUACUUUUCUUGAUGGUUGUUGUUCUUUUAAGUGUUUGAUUUGUGAUCAAAUUUGUAGGGUUUAAAAUCUGACUAGUUGAGUUAAUGGCACACAGAGAUAUGAUGGGUUUUGGGUAUGUGAGUAGUGGAGGAGCUCCGUCCUCAUCCUCGUCGAAUUUAUCGCCUUUAGCUCCCCCAUUUAGUGUGGAUCGGUCCAAGUCGAAAACUAAUACCAACCCACUCAGCAAUUUUGCUGAGAAUUCACAAUCCUAUGGUGUGCCCUUAGGUUCCUCCUCGCUUAAUUGGCAAUACCCUCAGUCUUCACAGCCCGGGGUUGACUAUAUCUCGUAUUGUAGUACUAGUUCGGAAAAUGAUUCGUUGCAGGCUACAUCUUUGCCGUCGGCUAAUGACUAUAGCUACCUAGGUUCUGAACUUAAUAAUCUACCAAGUGUCCAUUGGGCUUCUCCAAACCCUAAUACGAUGGAUCCCAAGAGUAAUAUGUUUUCAUAUGGUGGUGGAAGUAAGCAAUACUAUGGUCCUUAUGUGUCACAAGCAGUUGAUGACAAUGCAUCGUUGGUGGGCCUGGAUGAAGCUAAUGGUAAUCAUGAUUUGUUGUCGACUUCUGGGCUUGUACCGAUGGUUGGGUCAUCUCAAGUUGAUUGCAGCCAAGGCUUGUCAAGUUUGGAGUGCCAAUCAUCAUGGGGUGGAUAUUGGAAUGGUUUGUCGGCAGGAAAGCGUGGUAAAAGGAGUGACAUUGAUGGGAGUUUUCAUCUAAAAGGGACUGAUCUUCCUGGUUCACAUGCGUACCAAGAUUACUUGGAACAAGGAGUAGUCUCUGUUAGGUACUCGAUGUUCAAAGAAAAUCCUACUGCUACAGAAAGUAUGCAUGCUGUUCGUCGUGGAAGAGAGAGGAAUGCUGAUUUUCUAGCUAAAGAGCAGCUGGACAGUAAUUUGUGCCAAAAUUUGGGGUUAAUGCCUACUAACUCUUCAAAAUCACAUAUCUUUGGAACUAGUACGUCAUCCCAUAUAGAAUCACCCUUUCUUGAACCAGUUGCCUUUUCCAGUAAUCAUCAUAUGUCCUACAGUUCACACGAAAAAGGUUUUCAACUAUUUGAUUCUUGCACCAGGGAUUGCAUAUCUGUAACAAAGACUUCUGUAAUACCUGUAAUACAACGACCAAUCUCUGGAACAAAAUAUCCUGUCUCAGAUACGGUUGCUUCUAAAAGUAUGGACAGUGGGGAUGUUACAGAUGUUAACAGGAAGGAUGGUAGUAGCUAUAACCUGGCACUAGAAAAGGAACCUCAUAUGCCCUCAAGCUCUGAUUUAGGUUUCCUGGAUGCGAACUACCUUGGCUUUCACAGAGGCAGGUAUGACCGGGACAUAUUUACUGCAGCCUCUUCUAAUGAAAAUGUGUCGGCAGCAGCCUCUUCUAAUGAAAAUGUGUCGGCAAAGUUACUUUCUAACAACUCAGUGGAUCAUGAAAUCAAAGUAAGAGAAGAUCAUAUUCCCCAUACAAAUGUUCCUCAUGCUUUUGGUUUGUCUGUUAAUAACACAGAAGCCUUUACUGCCAAUAAUACAGAAACUUCAGAUCAGCACAACCCAGCUGAGGAUUCACCAUGCUGGAAAGGGGCAUCAGCUUCUAGCUUUUGUCCUCUGUAUGAAUCUUCAAAAGAUCUGCCUCGGAAUCUUAUGAUGGAAUUAGAAGCAUGCAACUCUAAUGAUCACAACGAAUCUGUAAUGGGCUUCUCCAGUGAAUUAGGUGGACUUAAAUUCCAGAAAGAGAGCUUGUCAGUGGAUAACAAUAAAUUGAUUCCUUCGAUAAAAAGUCUCGGUACCAUUUUGCCAACUAAAGAACACCUGGUAGCUGAUCCAGCUAGAUUGAAGUCUGGUAGUGUGCAAGAAAAUAGGAGAGACAGAGAUCAAAACUUGAGCAAUGUUAGAAACCACAUAAACCAACAUAAUCUGCUCAAUAAGUCAAAGAGUGAUUCUGGCUCCAUACAAAGUCAGGGAAGGCCUCUGUGUACUAAAGAGGGCAAGUUUAUGCAUAAAAGUAAGAUUCAGUUACAGUCUGGUGACAUGGAUGCUAGGAUUAGUGCCAGUGAUGCCUCAGAAGGCUGCUGGAUCCCGUUGCACAAUGUGGAAAAUGUUUUAUGUUCACCCCCUUCUGAAGAAGAUGAUGGAAAAUUACCUGCUAUGGAAUUAGAUCCAACAAUGAAUGUAAAAACUCUGGUUGAUGCACUGCAUAAUAUAUCAGAGUUGCUUGUUUCAUCUAGCUUUGUUAAGGGAUGGGGACUCGAGGAGCAAUGUUCUAAGACCCUUGAGCAUGCAAUCCACAAUAUUAAUUUGUGUUUGUCCAAGAGAAUUCUCCAAUCUUCAAGACAAGAAUUAUCAUUCCCCAAGGCAGACAUUUCUCAUUUACCUGAAGAGGGUACCACAAAGCCGAGACUCCAUGCAAUGACUGAGGUAGGCAAUCAACUUGGUUCAUACCCUAGACAUGAACAGAAAAGGAUUCACGGUGUAUCUGACACACAAUCUGAAAAAAAUAUGGAUUUCAAUUCUUCAAGGAAUGAAGCAGAUGCUAUGUUGCAUGCUAAUAUGGUUCAGAAUAUCAAAGUCGUCUUUGAUGAGAAUUUCCAGUCGGAGGAAAGUAUAUCACUAGAGACUCUGUUGUACAAAAAUCUGUGGCUUAAUGCAGAAGCUGAGUUGUGUGUCACUGGCUUAAAAGCGCGCUUUGAUCAGGUGAAGAUUCAGAUGGAGAACUGCAAGUCGGACAAAAAAAAAGAAGAUGCAGUUAUUGAUAAAAUACCCAGUUCUGGAGAGCCUCCUGACCGUAUCCCAAACAUUACCAACGGGUCUACUCCUAAGGCUAAUGAUAGCCCAAAGCAAAAGGAACCAAUCCAACAUAAUAUUUCAAGCCCAAGAAGUGAUGCUAAAGAUGUUGAAGCUUCUGUUAUGGCUCGAUUUCAAAUCCUAAAAAGGCGGGGAGACAAUAUAAACACUUGUAAUGUGGAAGAGAAGUCUCUGCCAUAUGUUACAAAUUCAGGUUUUCCCUGCAAAAUUGUUGGAAGUCAAACUGGGAGCAAAAGUUUUGAUGUGGCAGUGGGAUCUCGUAUUGUGCAUCGCAAUGACCAUAACAGUGAGAAAAAUUUAGGGUCAUCUCAGGCUGGUUGUCAGCAUGAACCAGUGGAAGGGUCCGCUGCAUAUGUUACGGACAACUUAACCACGUUUUCAACAAUUUAGAAAAAUGACGUGAAGACCAGAUCAGGCUGGUAUGAGAACACUUCAUCAGAUUGUGAACACGUGCUAAAGGAAGAUAUUGCUUAGCAAUGGUAAACAAACGGAUGUAUUGCUAUCUAUAUUUUAACUCCUACAUGAUUGUAUAUAUGUAAUAUAAGGAGGAGUUAUAUCCAGAUUUUUGAUGAAAUUGCAAGUCUAAUUUAAACGUUAUGGUGCCCA